UCCUGACCGCCUAUGAAGGCAGCAGUGGAGCCUCACGUUCCACACUUCCUUCCUCCGAGCUGAGCAGUUCACUGGUGGUGCAGCCAUUUUGACUCUGAACCGUAGCGCUGGAGAGAAACUGUCUGGAAAAGGUGUAAAUCCAGAAGAGAGUGAUGUGGGACCAGGGAGGACAACCCUGGCCGCAGUGGCCCCUGAGCCAGCAGCAGUGGAUGCAGUCUUUCCAGCACACGCAAGAUCCAGGUCAAGUGGACUGGGCUGCCCUGGCACAAGCAUGGAUAGCACAGAAGGAGACGACAGGACCAGAGCAGCCCAACAUUCAGCCCAAUGGCCAGGACAUCCCAGGCCUUGAACCAGUUGGGCCGGGCAACCAUGGGGCCUUCCCUGGCGACCCGGCAUUUGGCAGAAUGUGGCAGCCAGAAUGGGCAAUGCAUGGCCAGCCCCCUCCUCCUCCACCCCCUGAACAGGCCUGGAUCCCCCCUGGCUCAGGGCCGAUGGAUGUGGUGAACCCCAGCGAGGACAGCAACAGCCAGGACAGCGUGGAGUUCAACUCUGAGGCCCACCACGGGGUUUACCCCCAGAACAGCCAUGGGUAUGGGGCACAGCCCGACAGCUACGCCAUGGCCCCCAUGGCCAUGAACCAGUUUGAUUAUCAGCAUGGCGCCGCCUCAUCCUUCGCCCCCGCACCCACCAACUUCCACUCCCCAUACUGGCAGGGUCCUCCUCAGAACAGACGAGAUGUCAGACCCCCCGGCUUCAGGGAGCGCCCCAGAUCCCCCAUCCAGCUUCCUGUCAAACAGGAGGUCGCAGCAACAUUAGAUGCGGUAAAGAGGCGCACACUACCUGCCUGGAUCCGAGAGGGCCUUGAGAAGAUGGACAGGGAGAAGCAGAAGAAGAUCGAGCGAGAACAGAUGGAGAAGGAGCGCGCUAAAAUGACAAAAGACGACGCCAAAGAGCGCGAGGUCGAGGAAGGAGGCGACGGGCCACGAGUGCCCCGCAAGAGCAAAUUUGACAGCGACGAUGAGGGGAAUUAUAACAAUGACGAUGAAGAAAAGCCCCUCCAUCAAAAAGAAUCUGGUCGAAGCCCGUCACCUGCUGCAGAGGACAGCGAACCUGAAAUGACGGAGGAGGAAAAGGAGUUCCAGCUGAUGUUUAUCACAAAAACCCUUCUGACAGAGAUCCUUCUCGAGGUCACCAACGAGGAGAUCCAGCAUGUGGCCAGAGAGACGCACCGCAAAGCCACUCGAGCUCCUGCAAAACAGCUGGCACAGUCAAGUGCAUUGGCUUCUCUGACUGGUCUCAGUGGGCUCGGUGACUACGGUUCAGACGAGAGCGAGGAUGAGGAUGAGCGCAGCGUUCGAGGGUCCGAAUCCUCCGACACAGAUGACGAAGAGCUGCGCCACCGCAUCCGAGAGAAGCAGGACGCCUUCCGCCGCAAGGAGCGGGAGGUGCAGCAGCUGCAGGACAAACAGGCGCAGGACGCUCUGCUUGCACGGGAAGAGAUGGUGAAGGAGAGAUUGAGCAGAGAAAAGGGGGAAUAUGAUGAGGGCCAGCCAGAGAAUACGCACAAACAGGAAAUGAAAGAGACAAAGGCGGAGCCCUUGGUAGAAAGGCGUAGGUCCCGUAGUGAGAAGGAGGGUAGCGAGAGCAAGCCCCCGGGCAGAGGGACGGAGCGGUCAGGGCGAGGCGGCAGCAGUUCACCGGCCAACGGUCACAGCAGCAGCUCCCGCUCCACCUCCAGCCACAGCAGCCGCCACUCUUCCUCCUCCUCGUCUUAUUCCUCCUCGGCAUCCUCCCGUAGUUCAUCACGAUCCUCCUCCCCGCGCAGGAAGAGGAGGCGCAGCCGCUCAUCCUCCCACAAGGCUCGCAGGCGUAGCCGCAGCUCCCACCGGCAUCGCAGCGUGAAGGCCAGGGAGAGGAGGAGGAGCAGCGCAGAGAGAUCAGGCCGACACAAGAAAGAUCACAGCGAGUCCAGGGAGCGCAAGAGCCGCAGGAGUAGAUCCAGAUCCAGAGAGCGGGACAGGGCCAGAGCCAGGGCCAGAGACAGCCGCAGCAGAGAGAGGGAGAAGGAAAGGGAGAAGGAGAGGAAAAGGAGUCGGGAUGGCAGAGAUAGCAGCCGUAGCAGCAAACACAAGCAGAAGGCCUCCAGCAAAGACAGGGAGAGAAAGAGGGAAAGGAGUCAUAGCCCCGAGAAGGACAAGAAAAAAAAGGAGAAGGAGUCAGACAAAAAGAAAGAAAAGCCUAAGGCCAAGGAGAAGGAGAAGGAGAAAGGAAGCUCUGCAGUUACAGAGGAGAAUGGCAAAUCUAAGAAAAGGAAGGAGAGCGACUCGUGCACGGACUCUCAGAGUGAAAAGCACUCCCGGCAGGAGAGCAAAUCCAGCAAGAAGGGCUCCGUUAAAGCUAGCAAGAAACGCUCAGACUCCGACUCAAGUAGGUCCCUCACCCCUGAAGUUAGCAAGGAAAAGAAAUCUAAAAAAUCUAAACGUAGUCGCUCAAGGUCGACGGAAAAGUCUCACAAGUCUGGUAAGAAGGCAAGCCGCAAACACAAGUCUAAGUCGCGAUCAAGGUCAACUUCCCCCUCCCGUCGUAGCAGACGUUGAGGAGCACGGUUAACCCUCCUGAUCUGUGCACUUUACCAUUUUAAAUUCCAUGAGUUGAACAGGCUUGUCUCAUUAUAGAGGCAAUUGUGUAGGUGAACCCCCCCUCUCAUACACACGUCUUUCAUCUUUGUAAAUAUGUUGUUAUUUUUUAAAAGUGACUGAAGAACAACUUCAAACUUUUUGAAUGGUAGGAGUUUUCACUUGUAUCAUUAUGCAAAGCUUAAGCUCUGUGGACACUAAAAAGCUAAAGUUGUAUCAUUUUAAAAACCGUAACAGGAUUAACUUUUUUUUCCUCAAAACAUUAUUGUAAUAUGUCCAAUAAAACUGUGUGUUCCUUG